AUGAGUAAAUUUGCAUCCUACUUUGUUUUCAUUCUUUUGCUAUUAUCUGGUAAUGUAGCCAGUCGUCAUUUGCAAUAUUACCAUGAAGAUGCUAAGUUGGCGGUGUCUGAUGGUGUUAGUGAUGGCGGUGCUUCAACUCGAGUGGAAGAAUCAUUUCUACGUCUCAAAGGCAUGGAUUCAUACGAGGAGCAGUGUGAUCAUAUGUACGGUUUCUUGCCAUGUUCAAGCAAUCUUCUUGGUCAUAUCUGCCUUCUUAUGAUAUAUGAGUUCCUAUUAUAUCAUGCUGAAUCCUGGGCUGGUGGUGAUGGGCGAAUUUUCCGUGUUUUUGGCAAGAACCCUUGGGUUUCAUAUUUUUCUCAACUUCUUGAUGCCCUUCUAGAUUCUAUAAUUCUUCUUGUAACGGGACUGACAACUAGUGAAGAAAAAGCUCAAGAAUAUGCUGUAACGGGUGCCGGGAUGCUAGCUGGAUCGUCAAUACUACUUCUGUCUAUCCUGUGGGGGGCAUGCUUCUUCUUUAGCCGGAAGGAAUUCUAUGUAGAACCCCAGGAUAAUAGUGUUUUUGUAGGUUCGGGUGUUGUUACAGAUGCAGAAACUAAAUAUCAUGCCAGAGUUUUGUUCUAUUCACUCGUACCAUUUAUAGUCAUCCUAUUGCCGAGUGUAUUUGGUUUAUCGUAUUCUAGUCAAGAAUACAGAAUUGUCCUCCUUGUGUCUCUUCUUGUUUCAGUUUUAUGCGUAAUUACCUACUUCAUUUAUCAGAUUUUUGAUAAAGAGAAACGGAUACAAAAUAGGAGACGGGAGUACGCAGAAGCUGAACAAAAAGUUGAAAUGAAUAUACCGUUUUAUGAAGUAGAAGCACUUAUGCUCGACAGGGACAGGGAGAAACAUUUGAUGAUUAAAGAAAGAGAAAAGGAGACAUCGUUGAUAGGAACUCCGAAGAGACCUUCCAAGAAAAAAGGAACUCCCAAGAAAUUCAAUGAUAUAUUUGAUAAAUCAGGGAUGGAAUACAAUCAGGUUUUAGAAUUGUUGCAUGAAAAUAAGAAAUAUUUUUUGGAUCAAAUAUCUCCCAUGUUGAUACUGGGUAGACGCGACGUAGCACUAGAUGGAGUACUAAUUGGAGCACAAGACGGAGUAAAAGAUAUAAAAGCGGACAUAUACAGUCUCUUCCGAAAGAUGGAUACCGACAACGAUGGAUUUAUUACACCAGAUGAAUUGAAAAUUUUCUUCAUGAAAGUCAACCAUCAGGAGUUACUCAUUGAUGAUGGUAUAGCAGAGAUCAUGAUGAGACAUUUAGACACUGAUAGAGAUGGACACAUCGAUAAACUUGAAUUCGUAAGCGGAGUUUUAAAUCUACUUGAGUCACAUAACUUAACAAAUCAGUCACAGGGCUGUAUCCAAGAAACUCAGAUGGACAGUUCGGUUGAAGCAAAUGCGAAGAAAAAUGAAAGGAUCGGGGCAGUUAUAUGGUUACUUGUUGGAAUCGGCAUGCUAUGUGGUUUGGCUGAGCCUUUGGUGGAGAGUGUUAGAGAAUUAUCAGAAACUCUGAAGAUAAGGCCUUUCUAUUUAUGGUUCAUCUUAGUUCCUUGGGCUACAAACAUUAUAACGGUAAUUGCAGCCAUUAGAGCUGCAGGGCAGAAGAGACAUAAAACAAUAUCUGUAACUUUUUCCGAGAUAUACCACAAAGUUUUCAUGAACAACGUCGUGGGAUUUUUUGUUAUCGUCGCGGUCAUAUACUUCCGUGGCCUGACAUGGCAUUUCUCGGCCGAGCUUCUAAUUGUGAUCAUGGUUUGCAUCAUAAUGGGGUUUCUUGCAAGUUUCAAAACCAAAUUCCCAAACUGGACAUUGCUCAUUGUUGUCCCUCUCUAUCCUCUAUCUCUGUUGCUGGUUUACCUUGUCAACGAUGCUUUUCAGUUUCCAUGA